AUGUGCGCGGGCGGCGAGCCUGGCCAGGACACCUGCAAGGGCGACGGCGGCUCGCCCCUCGUGUGCCCCAUCGAGACGCGGCUGGGCCACUUCUUCGAGCUGCACAGCUCCUUCAUGUGCGCGGGCGGCGAGCCUGGCCAGGACACCUGCAAGGGCGACGGCGGCUCGCCCCUCGUGUGCUCCAUCGAGACGCGGCUGGGCCACUUCUUCGAGCUUCACAGCUCCUUCAUGUGCGCGGGCGGCGAGCCUGGCCAGGACACCUGCAAGGGCGACGGCGGCUCGCCCGUCGUGUGCCCCAUCGAGACGCGGCUGGGCCACUUCUUCGAGCUGCACAGCUCCUUCAUGUGCGCGGGCGGCGAGCCUGGCCAGGACACCUGCAAGGGCGACGGCGGCUCGCCCCUCGUGUGCCCCAUCGAGACGCGGCUGGGCCACUUCUUCGAGCUGCACAGCUCCUUCAUGUGUGCGGGCGGCGAGCCUGGCCAGGACACCUGCAAGAGCGACGGCGGCUCGCCCCUCGUGUGCCCCAUCGAGACGCGGCUGGGCCACUUCUUCGAGCUGCACAGCUCCUUCAUGUGUGCGGGCGGCGAGCCUGGCCAGGACACCUGCAAGAGCGACGGCGGCUCGCCCCUCGUGUGCCCCAUCGAGAACGACCCAGACCGCUACAUGCAGAGCGGUAUAGUCGCGUGGGGAAUCGGCUGCGGAGAGGACGGAACCCCCGGGGUGUACGUCGACGUGUCCAACCUGCGCGACUGGAUCGACGACAAGAUCGCCGGCAAGGGUCUGGACGUUAAGGCCUACUCCUUCUGA